AUGGCAUUACAUGUUCGCAAGUUGAAUGGCGAUGCUACUCUCCUUCUGACUUUCACUCCAUCCUUUGCUCCAAAGGGGAAUCAAAAUAGUCGGUUUCCUGGAAGCUACACCAUCCUGCUAGACCCAUGGCUGCACGGCGACUCCACCAUCUUCCACGAGAAGUUCGCAACGAGCCGACACACGACGCCCGCUGCCAUCGAGUCUAUCGCGGAGCUGCAAGAGGAGGUGGAUAUGAUCAUUGUCAGCCAGGACAAGUCGGACCAUCUCAGUAAAGAGACGAUGUGCUCCCUGCCCAGGGAUUGCAGAGCGACCAUCCUCACAACGCCCAAGGCUGCGAAGAAGAUACGAGAAUGGCGGCAUUUUGAACAUCCUGAUAUCAUACAAGAGCUACAGACGUACAAUUCCAAAAAGGAUAGCACGAUUUUCAGGAUACCCUUGAAGCCAUAUUCUUCCGCGAGUGCAGAGGGCGAGAUCACAGUCGCGAACAUCAUACAGAAGCGGGACCUUGCCGAUCUACACAACGCGAUUGGCAUUACAUAUUGUCCACCGGGGACUGUCUUCACAGCCGCCAAUGGAAGCGCCGUCAAAUUGGACGACAUGCCCAUGAUGUCCCGCCCUGGCAGCUCCAGUAGCCCCAGUACAAGCAGUUCCGCAAGGACACCACGGCAGAGAUACAUUCGUACUUCUCUCGAUGAAGGACAACCUUCUAGAAGUAAGCAACUUGAACAGACGAAAGAAAUCGAACUCAGUCUGCCUAGUCCAAAUGUCUCGGCCCGGCCGUUCGCAAAACCUCGCGCUGCUUCCCCAGCUGGACGGCCGAGCGUCAGUGGUUCACGUAGAGCGACCAUUGAAGCAACCGACAAACGACCGCAAGACGACGAGAAAGUCCUGAGUGUUCUCUACACCCCUCAUGGGACCGACUUCGCCUCGCUGCAAGCAUACGUCCGCAACCAUCUUUCUCCCUUGCAUGGCGCUCUCCCCGUCACUGCACUUUUCCACAGUCUGAAUUACGAAGCUAAUCCUUGGUGGUUUGGAGGUGUAGUCUGCGCGGGUGCUCCAGGCGGCAUCAAGGUCGCUCGAGGCCUUGAUGCCAAAUACUGGAUCAGUGUGCACGACGAACUGAAGGAGGUGGAGGGCUGGGGUACCACGCUGCUCACCAGCCGCCCGUACAGCUCACAGGAGGUGGUGAAGAUGUUGCGAGAAGCGGACGGCAUUGGCGGUGGGAGAGGCAUGGGGACCGAAGUGUGUGUUCUGGGCAGCGGGCAAGAAAAGAGACUUGUCGGCUGA